GCAGAACCUUCUCGACCUUGAGGGUCAUGGCCUGGCCGGGCCACAUGUCGGAGAUUUCGCGGUACCAUCCAUCUGUGAGGUAGCACCAGUAGUUAGCAUCAGGUCCGUGAGGUAUCGAUAUAGGUCCAAUCAAGCGUUGACGUCGAUUUCACAUAGAAGGCCUUUGCUUCAUCGUGACCCCACCAUAACAACUUUUUUUUUUCUUAUCUCGAUAGGUAUCUUAUCAAGACACCCGGAUGAACAGGCAGCUUGCCAGGUUCUCGAGCAUUGUGUAACAUUGGCUUCGCCCAUGCCCUAAGGGAAGCGGGCAAAUGAAUCCAUCAUCCCAUCGCCAUGCCAGUCAUGACCAUGGGAGGGCAGUUGGAAUAAAAAUUUCCAAGGCAGGGCGGGGUAUGGCAGAGAGAUCGUGGAUGGGAUUUUAGCUACAAACCUUGGAUGGUGGGGUGAACAAUUUCGUCAGACAUUGUGUUUGCUGUGUGGAAACGGCGAAAAGAUGGGAAACGGGGUAUCAAAGUGGAAUGAAGAAAAGUCGAUGAAGGAGAAAAAGGAGAAAAAGAAAAAGAAGUCGGCGUCAAGGGAGGAAAAGUCGGGAGAGGAAAAGCAGGGAGCCGAGCGCCUACAGAGGCAUGGAACAGACCGGUCGCAAUUGGGUUUGGCUUUGGGUUUGGUGGGGUGAAAAAUUUUGGCGCACUUUUUGCCAACUGGAGACCGAGAGCAAGAGCCCGAGUUUGUAUCGUGCGAGAUGCAGUGCCACGAGGACAACAAACUGCCUGAAUCAUGCCUGUCCGUAUGGGGGUCUGUCUAUUCAACCCAGUGUUCUCUCUUAUUUCAUUAAUAUCAACAUCAUGGU